GUCUUCCGUUUAUAGAGACGUCUCCUAGGUUCAACGAAUCUGUUCACAUUCGAUGUGACAAAAGAUUCUGAGAAGAUACAAAAUAUUUAAAAAUCCUUUACAAACUCGUGUGCAAACCUGAAGAACAUGAGUGAGCGUAAAAAUACUUUGAACAGAGGAAAAAGCGAAUGACUUAAAAUUGUUUUUUCUAAGGUCAACUGCAAGUGAACACAAUCGUUUUUCUAAUUAUAGUUAGAAACGACGUAAUCCGUUGCAGUGUCAACUUUCCAGAGAGUCAAUGAGAACAAAAAACGGAGGUGUAAGGAUCUGUGGAAGCGUGGGAGAUAUCUUAUCGACGCGUCUUCGAUCUUCGUACCGAAAGAGUCAAGUGAGGGAAGUAGGCAAGGUCAAGCAAAGAACGUUAGAAGAUCGUCUGGAAAAAUUGUCCGGGGCAAAGUUGGAUGCAGAUUAUCUGCAGUGCGUAGCUGAAACCGUCUAACACUGUUCAUUCGACGCGGAGCGGGAGAUCAAAAAUGGAUAACAGCUGAGGAACGUGGAACGGGUGUCAUUUGGAACGAGACGUGAUCCUCUGGUCAGAGAAAAGACCGGACGAAUUUAAUUUUCAGAGAGAAGGGCAGAGCCAGUGAAAUACGCGUUUAUCGAGGCAGGCGGUCAAAAGUUCGCGCGUAUCGAUGAGUCCUUUCGAAACAACAGUUUGACCUAGUUUCAUCAUUUCACCAGGAAAGUAUUUACGAUUAGCCAGUGUCGAUAAACGAACGAGUCGGGUGACGUGCAGUUUGGGAGAUAGAACAGACCGGACGAGACUUCCUCCUCGGUGGGUCAGAGGGUUCUCUGGGUCGAGAUGUAUCAACGUAUGGUCUUGCUGACCCUGCCCAAGGUUCACUCUAUCGACAUCGAGUUCAAAAAUGUCACCUAUGAGGCACGGAUCGGUUUCCGCGGUCCCUUGAAGCAGAUCCUCAAAGGAAUCAGCGGUAAUUUCAAAACCGGCGAGCUGACGGCCAUCAUGGGACCGUCCGGCGCCGGGAAAUCUACUCUCCUCAACAUCCUGACGGGAUUCCAAAGGGACAAUUGGAAAGGAGAGAUAGACUACAUAGGAUGCGAAGGUAAACACACGUGGAACGAGUACCGGAAGCAGUCUUGUUACAUACAACAAGACGACAAGUUUUAUCCUCUGUUCACCGUGUUGGAGAGCAUGUGGAUAGCAGUGAACUUGAAGAUAGGCAGUAGCCUCAGCACGAAAGCGAAGGAGAUGUUGAUAGAUGACGUAUUGGAAAACCUAGAUUUGAUCAAGACAAAGCAAACGAAAUGCGAGAGACUGAGCGGUGGACAGAAGAAGAGACUUAGCAUCGCGUUAGAGUUGGUCGACAAUCCGCCGGUCAUGUUCUUGGAUGAGCCCACGACCGGUCUGGACGCGUUGUCGUCCAGUCAAUUGAUCAGAUUGUUGCACAGCCUGGCGAAGGCCGGUAGGACGAUCGUUUGCACGAUUCACCAGCCUAGUGCCGUCGUCUACGAGACGUUCGACAACGUCUACCUCUUAGCCGAGGGCAGAUGCAUGUACGAAGGAGCGACGAAAAACACCGUUGCCUAUUUUGCCAGCGUCGGCCUACAGUGCCCCAAGUAUCACAACCCUGCCGAUUUCAUGAUAGAGGUCGUGAGCAAGGAGUACGGAGACUUCAACGACCAAUUGGAAAAACAAGUGAUCUGUCACGACAGCAGUUGGAGAUCGGACGCGGCGCAGAUCACAAAAAAGGAACCGAAGAUCAAUGAGUCGAAAGCGACGGUGCUGAUCCAAGCUCCGUCGGAGAUCGACAGAUUCUUUGUACUGAUGAACCGUUGCAUGGUUUUACAGUUUAGAGAUUGGACCACCACCCACUUGAAGAUGUUCCUCCAUUUAUUGGUAGGAAUACUGCUGGGACUUCUGUUCUCGGAAGCGGGAAGGGACGGCGACAAGACCAUCAGUAACGUCGCUUAUUUCUUAUUCAGCUGCGUUUACUUGUGUUACACCAGUAUGAUGCCCGCGGUACUCAAGUUUCCUACGGAGAUGUCCACCUUGAAGAAGGAGAGAUUCAACAAUUGGUAUCAACUGCGGACGUACUACAUCGCCUCUCUGAUAUGCAGUAUCCCGAUACAGAUGUUGUUCGCGUUCAUUUACAGCGUCACUUCUUACUUCAUCAGUAAUCAACCGAUGGACGCGAACAGAUUCCUGAUGUAUCUGAUGGUAUCUAUCAUGCUGGCGUUGGUCGCGGACAGUUUCGGCCUUCUGAUCGGCACCAUGACGGAUCCUGUGAAUGGAACGUUCAUAGGAGCGAUUUUACUCGCGACCUUCUCAGUCCUGUCAGGAUUUUUGGCUCUGUACAAUCACAUGCCACGCGCGCUUUACUAUUUGAGUUACGUGGACUAUCUCCGGUACUGCUUACACGGUUACGUCACGGCUUUGUACGGUUUCGGUCGCGAGAAACUCGAAUGCUCGCAGUAUUAUUGCCACUACAGCGUGCCCGAGACGCUUCUGUCGGAUCUGGCGAUGAUUGACGGUAGAUAUUGGCUCGACAUAGUUCUGCUGAUUCUCAAUUGCGCGUUCUAUAGGUUCAUCACUUAUUGCACGUUGAAAAGGAGGCUCGCCAUUGCUUAAAUCCUUGCCCGGCCUUUCAAAAUGACAUUUUUCAACGAAAUCGUUCCGGGAACGAAUUCUUCGACGAUGGAUCAGGGUCAGGAGAAGCCUCGUGCACCGUUUGAGUGCAUUGACUAUGUACCGAAUUUGGAGAGUUUUGUGCCAAAGUUGAAACAAGUGAGAGUUUGCUAUGUGGUAGAAUGAAUGAGAGUAUGACACGAGCGACUAUCUUCCAUUUUGUUGUUAAUACCAAUUGUAAUUAGAUGCUAAUUCCGUUCUGAGCGUUGAUGUCAUGCGGGACUCGCGACUUCGACACAUUUUUGUUCAAUUCACACAAAAACACAAAUUUCUACUUUGUAUUUGGUUCGAAACAUAAUUAAAGAUACUUUUUCGGUA